CCCCCUCCCCUGCUCUUCCUCCAGGUUCCCCUCGGAGGGGAGGAGAGCCGCACUUUGGCCGAGGAAAGCCUUGGCCCCCUUCUCCUAGUGGGGGGAAGUGAAGUGGGAGUCUGCAGGAGGAGCUGGCGGGGCGUGUGUGUGUCGGUGUGUCUGUGUGUGCGCGCACACAGCCGCACGGCUCCUUGGCCGCCCUGUUUCCUGGUGCUCUGCUCUCUUGACCCCAGUGGCAGUCCCUGUCACUGCACUCCUCUGCUCCCUCCUCCAGCUCGCCUCUCGCUCUCCUUCUCCCUCUCUCCCUCUCCCUCUCUCCCUAGCUCUCUUUCUCCUCAGAUCGAGGCUGCUCUCAUUCUCUCUCUCCCUCUCUCCCUCUCCUUUCCAACCCAGCCAGCCGGUGGGACCUCCGGGGUCGAAGGUUCUGCCCUGCCUCCACCAACCUCCACCUCCCCAGCGCCUCUCUCCUUCUCUCCCUGUCUCCUUCUCUCCCUCUCUCUCCCAGCUCUCUCUCCAACUCCCCUAUGGAUCGGCUCGUUUCAGAGCACUGAAGGCAUCUCCAAGACCCACAUCCCAGCCAGAGAAAGAUACUCGUGGUCUUGAUGAGUAAGUCGCCCUUCGGGUUCCGUCUUUGGCUACAGCACACGAUGCCUGCGCCCAUCCUUUGCUCCAGAAAGUUGUGAAUUGCUCAUGACUAUAAGGAGGAAGCAUGGCACAUGGGAUCCCUUCUCAGGGCAAAGUCACCAUCACCGUGGAUGAGUACAGCUCGAACCCGACCCAGGCUUUCACUCAUUACAACAUCAACCAGAGCAGGUUCCAGCCUCCACAUGUACAUAUGGUCGACCCUAUCCCAUAUGACACUCCAAAACCAGCGGGCCACACACGGUUUGUCUGCGUCUCCGACACACACUCCAGAACAGAUGGCAUCCAGAUGCCUUAUGGGGACAUCCUUCUCCACACAGGCGAUUUCACCGAGCUGGGACUGCCCUCAGAGGUUAAGAAGUUUAAUGACUGGUUAGAUGAGGAAAUAGAAGACCAGAAAAUUAGAUGACUUACCCAGAGGCACACAGCUAGUAUCAGAGAUGAGUUUUCAAACUCUCCCUCAGUCCAAGUCCAGCCUUCUGAGACAUCUAAAGAAAGGAAGGACCUGUCCUUUAGAUAUUCCUCAAGACAUGUUAGCCCUCCAGUGUGGCUGUCCUCACACAGUGAAUAUCGUCACAACCCCAGUGCCCGCUAACAAUGAUGCCAAAAUUUAGGGCUUAAAUUCCGUUUUUGCUUAGAUUAUCCAGAUAAUUGCUGGAAUAUGCAGGUAUCCACCUCCUUGCCCCCUCUGCAAUGUGGUUUGAUAGUCUUAAGCACACGUCCACACACAUAUGUACAAAGGUCAGAGGGGUAGUAUGUCAGUGUCAAGAGAGAACGUACCUUGGAGUCAGGAAGAUGUGGGUUCAAGUUCAACCUUGUAUACAUUUUGGCCAUGUAAACCCAUAAAACUUGUUCAAUUUAGCUGCUCUGGCAUCUUUUUAAGGUUGUAAUUUGACGACAGAUUUUCUUACACCAAUAAAAUCAUAGAUUUUUUCACCAAAUA